AUUUCGACCACUUUUCGGCUGUAGUGAAAUUAUAUUCGCUCUGAUAUGAGUAGAAGACGGAGAAAAACGAGACAAAAAAAAAACAGAAAAGCGUUAAAAAUAGACGAAUAAUGGGAAAAACACCGAAAAGAAUGAAACAACUCAUAAAAAGCGAAAUAUAGCCAAAAGUAUUGAGCUCACUUUUCCAUAAACCAAUCAAUAUUUCUUCGAAAUUUUCCCAAAAAAAAUCCAGCAGAUGGCGCUGAAUUCCCCUGAAAUAUUCCAUAAUCGGUUGAAUUUAACGUCAUAUUUUGUUUGGUUUUGACCACAGCAAAAACCGAUUCAAACCAAUACCGAAGUUUCAAGUUGACUUUUCUGUUUAAAAUCGUUUUUUUUUUUAUUUUCCACGAUGAACAAUUGUUAAUGGAAAAACGCAAAUACUUUGUUUUGUUUUUAUGCAUGAAUAUUCAGUGCUUAUUCCGUGGAAUGAGCAUUUGUUGAGUUUUGUUUUGGAUAGCCCGUUGUUUGUUGUUGACCAUUUCGUGUGAAAGAAUCGUUGCGAUACAAACAAAUCGAUGAUGGACAUCGAUGCGCGGUACACGUUACUACGUGAAAAACUGAAUAAUUUUGGUUUUACACAACCACUUCCGUAUGGUUCGCUGGCUAUCGUAUCGGCACUGUUGGAUGACCUCAUCGUAACAAAUAAGCAGCUGAAAGAUGCAAAGAAAACAAUUGCCGAAUUGGAAAAGGAGAAAACCGCAUGGAAUCUUGGAGUGGAACCGUACAAAUGUGACAAUUCCAAGCUGUUGGCUGAGUGUAAUGCUCUUCAUUUGGAUAUGAUGCGUCAGCGUGACAUAUAUCAGAAGAAAAUCUUUGAAUUGAAUAAAUCCAUUCGACAUUUAGAGUGUGACAAUCGUGAGCUCAAGCAGCAAUGCGAUGAAUUGAAUGCAAAACUCGACGUAUUCGAUCCGAAACAACGGAAACAUCGUAACGAUUUGUUGAAUCAAAAGCGAAAGCCGUUUGUGUCGACAGUGCGAUCGGGUGAAUUUUUGCCAUCAACAUUGAAAUCCAUUGAAAAUAUGGACACCAAAUCGAAAUGUUGUUGCCAUUCGGAGAGGAAUGAUAUGAUUUCACGGCUAUUUGCUGAACAAGAAGCAAACAAAGUUAAAACACACUUGGAAUUGAUGGAAUUGUAUAAGUCGCAGCUCGAAAGUCGUAAUCGUGAAAUAAGUCGAUUGAAUCAAUUGCUGACGGGUGGUCGGCCACCAUUAGCUCUAGCAAAGGAUUGCUGUUAUCGGGACAUUAGCACUCUGGCCGAGGAUAUUCAACGAAUGCAACGACAAAAAUCCGAACUCGAAGCAAAUUACGAACAAGCCAUCAAAGCUCAAACUAACGCACUCGACGAGAUCGUCUGCCUUAAGGAGCAAAAUGAAAAAUUGACCAAAGAAUUGAAUGACAUCAAAGACGUGGCGCUCAGUGUAGAGUCCGAAGCAAAUGUAUCGUUGGAUGCAUUAUACAAACGAAACACAGCGCUGAAAUUGAAAUUGAACGAUUCGAAAAAACGAAUCCAAGAAUUAGAAGCACAAAUCGGUAGCUCCACCGAUGGAGGCUCUAAGGAUCUCAAAGCGGCCAAUUUUCAAAUUAAAUUCUUGCAAGAACAAUUGCAAAGCAUAACCAAUAAAGAAUGUGAAUUAAAAACAGAGGUGGAUAAAUUGACGAAAAAAAAUGCGAAAUUAAAGGGAAAGCUGUCGGCUGAAUCAUGCAAAUGCAAUUUGUCACAAUCAACAAAUACCAAAGAUGUUGGAACGAUGACAGCGCUUCAGUCUUGUUCGAUUGAUGUGAAUCGAUUGAAAAUUGACCGUGACUUUUAUCAGCAGGAAUACUUGAAACUGUUGAACAAACCGCUUGCGGACGGUGAAAUUAAUCUAUUGCGAAAGCAACUCAUAGAAAAAGACUAUGAGAUAAAAAUGUUGCGUAAAAAAUUCGACAGUAACUUUUUCGUGAAUGAGCCAUCUCAACAGUGCCGAGCGGUAGAAGCGGCCAUGCAUCGACUGGAAAGAGAGAAGAAAGUUCUUCAAGAGACCAUCGAUCGAUUGACAAUUGAAUGCAGUGAAUUGCGUGAAAAUUUACAUUCAACGGCAACAACGCAACGCGAUCAAUACACCAGAGACGAAUGUGAAAUCGAUCGGCUAAGGCAACGCAUUCGACAGAUUGAAAGUGAAAAUUUGAGCUUAAAAACAAUGGAAGCCACAGCAAAGUCAACGGUGACUAUUCUAAAAGAUGAAGUUGCUCAGUUACAAACACAGAUUGGUCAAUUGAACGAGGAAAACACCAAAUUACGUACGACGAGCAAUCAGUUGAGGGUUUUGCAAGAACAAACAGAAAGUGCAUUGAUCGAGCAUCAGAGUCGAUUAACUCAUUGUGAACGACAACGAAGCCAAACUGAGUCACGGCUCAAUGUCAUUGACAGCAGUCGGACCGAUGGCUUCCGCGAAAUAGGUGAACUUCGCGCAGAAAUCGCAAGACUGAAGACGUUGAACACAACAUUGACCAUCGAAAAGGAUAAAUUGAUUAGUGAAUUAGAUGCCAAGACAGAAGAACUAUUUCAACUGGAACCAAAGAUGGAUACAAUGAAAGCGCGCGUAAUUGAAUUAGAAGCAGAACUAUCGACCACUCAUCGGCAGAUCAACAAUAUCAGUUCGGACAACAAACACAGCAAAAGUUCAUUACAGCAAGUUACCAGUGAAAUGGAUGAGUUGCGACGACAAGUAAAGCAAUUGAAGACAACGAAUGAUAAUGUCAUGUAUGAAAAUCGACGUUUGACCAACGAUUUGGCCGAAAUGGAAUGCACCAACAGUGUGCUAAAGACGAAGUUAGCCGAUGCAGAAAAGGAAAUCGAUCGACUUAAGCGGCAAUUGCAACAAUAUGUGCAAGAAGUGCAACGAGCUGAAGAAUUACUCCAUCGAAAAGAGGAUGAACGAAAUGAAAUGCUCGAUCAAUACAAAACCCUCAGUCAUGAUGCCGUUGCGCUGGAAGGCACCAAUCACAGUUUAGAGCUGGAAGCAGCUGAAUCAAGACGCAACGUAAUCGAAUUGGAAGGAAAGUUAGUGCAACUUCAGAUUCAAUUGAGUGCUCGUGAGCAGGAGCUAAGCACAAGCAAUUCCAAAGUGUGUGAAUUAACGAAAGAAGUGCAUCAAUUGGAGCUGGAUAUUCAGCGGUAUAAACAUGAACGAGAUUCAGCGCACAAAGAAUUAGACGGAGAGAAAGAAUUGUGCAACAAAUUGGAUAUUGAAAUUGAGAAAUUGAAUGCUGAAGUACAAGAGUAUUCGGAAAUUAGACAAGAUCUCGAGUGUGAGGUUGAGAAAUUGCGCGGCGAGUUAUCGCUGUUGAGAGUCGGUGACAAGGCGGCCACAGAGAGUCUAAAACAGAUUUUAACCGGAACCAGAAAAGAUUUGGACGAAGAACGUUCCGCAUCUAGCCAAUUUAAAAAAGAGAUUGACAAAUUGAAAGCACGCAUGGAGGAAUUAAAAGAAAAAGCUGCUGAGGAACACGCAAACGCCGUACGAAAUGAAACACUUGCAAAGGAGUACCGGUUGCAGAUUGAUGAGCUGAAGAAUCAAAUAACCAACCGUCGUUUUGAACAAGCCCGUCAACAAGGCCAAUACAAUGAAUCAACCGAUAACAUGCCAUCCAUUUAACAAACCCAUUUUUAAUUAGUUUGACGAAAAUCCCAUUUUAAAUGCACUGCCUUUUGAAUUGCUUAUUGCAAUUUUUUUUUUAAUAUUUGUUUUUAUAUGCUGACAUUUUUUUUCGUGUUAGAAACAAAAUCUUUGAAUAAAAAACCGUUCAUCUUUUACAAGCA